AGAAACUCUUAUAAAGCAGACGCGUCUUGGGCAGCCGAUUCUCCAGUAUCACCAAGAAUAAAUAAAUAUUAAAAAAAUUCCCUACCUUAUUUACAUGCUCCGUUCCAGUCCCUCUCUCUGGUUCCCCUCUCCAAACCCUUCUCUCGUCUCUCUCAAGGAACGCUCUUCUUCUCCCCUUCGAGGAUUGCUUCUUCUCCUUCGCGGGAACUCCUCGGGUUAGCUUCCCUUACUCUGUUUCUUCUUCGCUGGUGGCGCCUACCCUGUUUUCUAGACUCGCUUCCAAGAUGGGCAGCAACUCCUCCCAGGCCACCCAAACCGUUCAUGACUUCACCGUGAAGGUUGGUGCCCCUCCUGGCUUCCGGUUUCAUGGAUUUGAUCGAUGCUUUUGGAUAGUCUGAAGGAUGCUAGGGGAAAUGAUGUUGACCUUAGUGUUUACAAGGGCAAGGUCCUGCUUAUUGUAAAUGUGGCUUCUCAAUGUGGGUUGACUAACUCAAAUUAUACAGAACUGAGUACCCUGUAUGAGAGGUACAAGGACAAAGGUCUUGAGAUUCUGGCAUUUCCAUGCAAUCAGUUUGGGGCGCAAGAACCAGGAACCAAGGAGCAGAUCCUUGAAUUUGCUUGCACCCGAUUCAAAGCUGAGUACCCCAUCUUUGACAAGGUUGAUGUAAAUGGGAACAAUGUUGCACCUAUCUACAAGUUCCUGAAAUCCAGGAAAGGCAGUCUCUUUGGAGAUAGCAUUAAGUGGAACUUCACAAAGUUCCUGGUUGACAAGGAAGGGCGUGUGGUGGACCGUUAUGCUCCAACUACUUCCCCUCUGAGCUUUGAGAAGAAAAUCAAGAAGCUAUUGGGACUCAUCUAAUUUUCACAUGUUUGGAGCCAUUUACCAGGAUGUUGCGCAAUUUUAGGCUUCAUUUGGUAAUGUCAAAGCAAUGCAUGUUUGAUGCUUUGGUAUGUACCAAUAAAAUUGUUCAGGACGUGUGCACGUGCACUCUUUACCUAGCACCGAGCACGUAGUCUUGUUAUUUGUCUCAUAAGAGCAUUGCUUGGAUUCUUUAAUUUAAAUGCUUACUAAAUACAUCGUUUUUGAGGAAAAUAUAUGCUUAACGUA